AUGGUAGAGAUUCUAAUUCGUUUUCGCGCUCAUAUGAUCGCUAUAACAGCGGACAUCGAAAAGGCUUAUCACCAAGUCCAACUUCAUGAAGAGGACCGCGAUUUCGUGCGAUUUUUUUGGAUCAAGAAUGUCAAGGAUGCGGAAUCGGAUAUGGAAGUUUACCGUUUUAAAGUCAUUCCCUUUGGCGCAAACAGUUCAUCUUUCAUCCUCUUAUCAGUCAUAAAAAAUCAUCUAUCAUGUGAAACAAGCGAAGUGGCAAAAGAUAUGGACGUCAACAUAUACGUGGACAAUCUCUUGGCUGGAUGUAACACCACCGAAGAAGCACUAACGUACUAUAAAGAAGCAAACUUUAUAUUCCAAAAGUCUGGUCUCAAGCUAAAAUCGUGGAGUUCCAAUAAUCAACACCUCAACUCGUGUAGUGCUUCCGAUGGAGUGAACGAUGGAUCAGCACAGAACAAAAUUCUUGGACUACAGUGGUCUCGUGCGAGAGAUGUCAUAGCUCUACCUGAAUUGAAAACCUCGUCGUUUUCUCUGACAGUGAUAACAAAGAGAAAUGUACUCAGGGGAAUUUCAACUGUAUACGAUCCUUUAGGAUUCCUCUCGCCUCUCACCAUUCCGGCAAAAAUCUUAAUUCAAGACGUUUGGAAACUAAAACUGCAAUGGGACGAUCCACUGCCCAUCGAUCUACAGGACCGCUGA